AUGGGGGCCAAGCAGGGAGCCAGGGAGUCUGUCAUGGAAGAUGCUGGAGUUUCUCAGAGGAAUCUCUGGAAAGGUCUCAGCUCAGAGCAGAAACAUCCUGUGACCGGUGUCAAGGUUCCAGAAGCACUGAUGGCCUCUCGAGGGAGCCGUGAUCCUCUACCAAGCCUGUUCUCUGCUCUCAGCCUAGACCUGGUGGCCUCCACAUCAGAUGAGGAUGAGGCCACCAAGGACCAAGAGAGCAGACACUUCAUCAUGGAAGGCCCAGGGCAUCUCAGGGACUCGGCUGGCAGAGAUGACCUGCACCGCCUGCUGACUGAAGAUGGAGCCUGGGAGGCAUUUGUAUCUAAGACCAAGUUGCCCAGGGCUAAGGCACUUGCACUGCACAAAGUUUUGAGGGAUCUGGCAGCACUCUCGGCCCUAGCAGACAGACACAGACUUCAGAAGGACCUGCAGGGCAGGAAGAAGUUCUUGAAAGCAUUUCCUCGCUUGAGAGCAGAGGUGGAUGAGCACAUCAGGCAGCUCCAUGCCCUGGCUGAGCACACUGAGAAGGUGCACAGGGGCUGCACCAUCUCCAAUGUCGUGGCUGACUCCUUCAGCACUGCCUCUGACAUCCUCGGCCUCCUUGGUCUGUUCCUGGCACCAGUGACAGCGGAGGGCAGUCUGAUGCUCUCCUCUGCUGGGUUGGGACUGGGAGUAGCAGCUACUGUGACUAAUGCUGCCACCUCCAUCGCAGAGGAGGCAAGCAGGUUUUUGGAUGAAGUUGAAGCCGGUCACCAGGCCUCACCUGGCCUGGAUGUGUUGGAGGCUGGAUCUACCGUGGCAAGGAUUGCCAGCAAGUUCCCUCAGGCUACCAGAGAUAUCACCAAAGACCUUGAAGCCCUUCAGCAGCAUAUGGAUGCCCUCAGGCUGAUUAGAGCCAACCCUGGCUUAGAAGAAGAAGCCAGGAUCCAUGCCACCACCGGGAGGAUCCCUGCCCAACAUGAUAGAAGGGUGCAGGCCACCUUGAAAGGAACCCCUCUGGGGAUGAGCAACGACGCUCGGAUCAGGAGUGCCACCACUGCAGGUGUGUCUCUCCUGCAAGAUGUUGACAGCCUCGUGAAAAAGUCAAAGCAUUUGCAGGAAGGGGCACAGUCAGAGUCGGCUGAAGCUCUCAGGAAGCUGGCUCACGAGCUAGAGGAGAAGCUGAGGAAGCUUGGCAAAUUCUACAAGGCACUCUGA